AUGGCAACAAGACGCGGCAGUAAACCGAGCGUGUUCACGGCCUUCAACCAGCUGCGUGUGGCCGAGGACGUGGAUUCGGACGACGGUAGCGAAGAGGAGCGACAGCAGGAGCGCAAGGAGAAGCAGAAGCUCAAGAAGAAGUCGCGCUCGAAGAAGAAGAACAGUGACUCGGCACAGCUCAAGGACUUGGCGUUCGUGUCGGUGUCAAAGCCCAAGAAGAGCAAGAGCAAGAAGAAGACAGAGACGACGUCGCGGUCCCAGUCGCCCACUAAUUUGCCAGUUGAUGAGACGCAGACUGCGAGUGGUGACGAUGAGGAGAAGAAGCACGAGGAAGAGGCUCCACGACCGCUGGGUCAGGUGAUUCAGACUCCAGCAGAGCUGAAUGGUGUGAAGAAGAAGCCUCAGUCGGCGUCACAACAGCAGCAGCAGCAGAAGAAAAAGACUACGUCUCCCCGUGAACAGCCACUGCAGCUUCAGCCUCAGCUUCAUCCCCCGCCUCUGCAGCACGUGCCGCCUCCGGCACCUGUUGUUGUUUCGCCAAUAGUGUGCACUCCUCAGUCUUCGUCAGAGACGGAGCUAGGCGCCGUGUACACACCGUCGCACAUCACGAUCACACGCGUGGAUGGCCAGAUGAAGCGCACGGUGGCGGUGACAGAUGUGAUGGACCAGCUCCUUCGCUACACGCAGCAAAAUUCACAGCUUCUACUAGUGCAGGAGCAGCUGGGCCACGCGAAUCGUAGUCUGCAGGACCAGUUGCAACGACGUGACGAGAUUAUCACGGGCCUGCAGCAUGAGGUGACGAUGUUUCGGCAGAUGUGUCUGAACUUGCAAGCCGAGGUGUCGCUGCUUCGUUCCAGCGUCCCACCGAAUAUUGGCAGCAAUGGUCCCCCGCAACAUCGUCCCCCGCCAGGCAUGUCUUGA